CUUUUCGUUGCGCGAGGUGGUCCUGAUCAACCCGCUGCACUUGGCAAUAUAUCAUUCCUAUCCUAGUUUAUUUUUUCCCCCUAGAAGAACUGGACUGUGAUAUGUAGUGCAAAUGAGCUCUCGAACAUUUCCGAAUUGGAUGUUGUUCAUGUACCCUAUUAGUGUAGCAUAAAGCACCAUCAUCAUCUCCAGCAAGUGUUUUAAGCGUUAUUAUGAUACGGAGAAUCAUGCGUCUACUGAGUCAGAAGAGAAAGAGACAGGAGGAGGCAGGUUGCCCUAGUAUGACUCAGAGAAGCAGCCUGUCCCUGUGGUCGCCGCUGCCCCAGGGCCCCCCUGCCCCCUGCACCCGCUACAGGCACGCCUGCAGCUCCCACAAGGGGGACGUCUACCUGCUGGGCGGCCGCGAGAGGAUGGUGCUCAGAGACUUCUGGAAGUACAGCGUGGUGCGUAAUGACUGGACCAAACUGGACUGCAGCAGUGAGUGGGCUCCUGAAGAACUGGAGGGACACACCAUGGUGUCACAUCAGGGGAUUCUGUAUGUAUUUGGAGGACUGAUAGACUCUGCCUACACAGACUGGAAGAUGCCACUAUGGUUGUUUGACAUAGAGAAAGAGGAGUGGAGGUAUUCCGAGGGCCAGAUUCAACCGUCUCAGCCAGCACCAGUUAACAGGAAGGGGCACAGCGCCGUGGUCUUUGGCUCGGCCAUGUACAUCUAUGGGGGAUACAUCGACAUCAGGGGGCCCUCACAGGAGUUCUGGAAAUAUGAGUUUGACACGGGUGUGUGGUCCCUCCUGAGUGGCGUCCAGGCGGAGCAGGGUCCAGGCCCCAGACACGGGCAUCGCGGUGGUGGCUCAUCAGCACAGCAUGUACCUGUACGGGGGCCUGAGUGGCCUCCGCGAGCAGAGGGACCUGUGGAGGUGGUGCCUGACCAACCACACCUGGAGCUACAUCAGAACACAUUCCGGACCCUCUAAACUGGUGGGCCACUCCAUGGUGCUGUACCGAGACAGCGUGCUCCUGUUCGGGGGAGGCGAGACGCAGAACUCCCCCCUGAACAGCCUGUGGAGGCUCAACCUGCCCUCGCACGUCUGGGAGAAA